UUCAGACUUGCACUCUUCCUUCAUCUUUACUCUACUCACCACAUCGAUCUACUCAUCGUCUCUCAUCACAUCGCAUCGCAUCUCAUCACAUCUGAUCGUCCUGCUCUCGCUUUCAUCGGUUCCCCGUCAUUCUCUCAGCGCUCCCAAUGUCAGACCCUCCCAAACUCGCAGGACUCGAAUCACACCGCGUCCCCCUCCUUCCCCCGGCGUGCUACUACAUCCCCGACUUCAUCACGUCCGAGGAAGAAGCCUACCUUCUCCGCAAAGUCGGCGAGACGCCGCAGCCGAAGUGGAAGACGGUGGGGUCGGGGCGGCGGCUGUGUUACUGGGGCGGGACGAUGAGCAAGAACUCGGUGCUGCUGCCUGAGCCCAUGCCCGACUGGCUAUCGACCUUCCCCGACAUUGUGGAGCGGAUCGACGCCUUCCUCGACGCAGCGGCUGAGGCCCCGUCCGGUGAUGCCAAGGGCAAGGAUCGCGUGCUCGGCAUCAACCAAGUGCUUGUGAACGAGUAUCACUCGGGACAGGGGAUCUCGCCCCACGAGGAUGGCCCAGCAUUCCGGCCGCUUGUCGCGACGCUUUCUCUUGGCGCGCCGACCAUCCUUGACAUCCACCACUACGUCUCCCCCACUGCGCCAUCCCCUCCGAUGAUAGCUACAGAGGGCGACUCUGGUCGGGCGAUCGCGGCUGUCCCGUUAGGGCAUGUUCUCCUGAUGCCGCGCUCGCUCUUCAUCCUCACGGGAAGUUUGUACAGCUCACACUUGCACGGUAUUGCCGCGCGUGAGCGUGACUCUUUCAUCGCCCCGGAGCGGGAAGAGAAGGAAGCCAUUGCUUCCGACGUUGCCGCGCCGGAUCAAGCCGCAGCCGGAGACGAAGGAGGAGCUGAUCAGCUCCCUCGCUCGACGUCCAAGGCCAAGGCAGACGCCAACGUUGUCGCCAACGCCAGUUUGCUAGGCCUUGACGCGCUUCCUCGCGAUGCCUUCACAUAUGAGCGCGGCACUCGCGUGAGUCUCACGUUCCGGCACGCAAACAAGGUGCUCAAAGGCGGCGCGUUUGGCCUAGCUGCUGGCGGUCUUCGAAGGUCAUAGCGUACAAGGGAAGCGGACUUCUGUGGCCGGCCGGCUGUGCAUGGCGGUCCACCCCUCCUUCCCGUCGACGCGUUCGGGCUAUGUAUCUACCAUACGCAUCAGAGGCAUACCCUCGACCCACACCGCCGUCGUUCGCGC